AUGAAAUGGAUCAUAUCAUUGUUUCUCAUUCACUUGGGACUAUGUAUAUCAAAAUCACAACCAGGUCCAUUAUCCCUUCCUAACCUCCUCGACAUUAAGGGCCUCUCUGAGCUCAAAGCUUGGCAAACGUUUGGAAACAUUCGAUAUGACGUAGGUCGAUUGCUUAUUGAUUCCUCCACCGUGGGUAAAUCUCAAGGUCAAGGUGCAAUUUGGUCUCGGAAUGAUCUUACUAACGCUGAUUCUGAAUGGACGAUCGAGUAUAUAUUUCGGACAAGUGGCACGGCUCGAGACUUGACCUAUAGUGACGUCAAUGGAUUAAGUCUUUGGCUUGUUGACCCAGUACACACAUUUCAAUUGCCACGUUUGAGUUAUGAUAAUUUCGGUGGACCAAGUUCAUAUGAUGGGUUUCAAUUCUUGAUUAGUAAUGAAGGAAGACCAGGAGUUAAGAUUUUCAAUAAUGAUGGAUCGAAACCGGGGAGUACUAAAAGUAAGGAUGCCAUUGGUGAUUGCCAAUUCCACUUUUUGGACUCGCUGGUUCCAUUCACAAUUCGUAUCAGUUACAGUAAAGCCAAGAGUUGGUUUAAAGUGCAAGUGGAUAACAAUUUAUGUUUCAAGACUAACAAGAUUGAAUUUCCCAAAACGAAGUUUAAGUUUGGAAUGACUGGUAAAGUCGCCCAAGGAUCUAGUGAAGUUUACGAGAUUCUUGGAUUAAGAGUAUGGGAUCAUUUGACCGAGGAUGCAAUUGAUGAUCAUGGAUUAUUGAAUGAUGGAGAUUCAAAGGGUGAUACUGCUACCAUUGUAGUUAAGAAACCCGAACCUAGUGGACCAGCCCAAGUUAGACAAUCAUUAAUGGAAAAGGCAAGACAGCAUAGAGAAGAAAUGAAAAAACAGGGCCAUAAUCCACCAGCUCAUCAGCAACAGCAACAACCACAGCAUAUACCUACUGCCAGUGGUGACAUGCGUGAAAUCAAUUCCAAAUUAGACCAACUUGAAUCCUUAGUGAAACAUCUUCAAAGUUCCAUCAACAAGCAAGAAACACAAAUUCAUGAUGCGAAACAGAAUCUGAUGUUACAAAAACAUGCCAUUGACGACAUUACCAAAUCAGUAACUGAUCUCAAAUCAGUCAUUGCUGAGCAAUACAGUCAAUUACUUCAAGCCGUAGCCCAAUUAAACCAAAAGGUUAUAGGCGAAGUAAGAGAACAACAUUAUGGGAUGGAAGAACUUUCCAAAAAGGUUGAUCUCCUCAUGGCUAACCAUAAGGAAGUUGCAUAUCAAUACGAACGAGAAACUCAACUGGUUAAACCAAGUGCCGGGUUCAUGGACGUGAUGAUUUCUUGGAUUCUCGUACCGUUGGUGAUUAUUCUUUUACUUCUUUUGGUGUUUGUCUAUAGACUUAGACACGACAUUAAACAUUCAAAACUCUUAUAG